AUGGCGCAAAGUCAGCUUUUCUCCCCAGAUGCCUUAGGGAGAAGAACACCGUCUUCUGAUAGACUGCAGGUUUGUGUUUCGGAAAACGAGCAAAUUUCCGACGAUGCAGAAAGUGAUUAUGAGCAAACGCCAAUUCAGGGCAAUAAACACAAAAACACGCCAAUAAGGGGCACAAGAGAUACGCCAAUACGGGGCACAAGAAAUACGCCAAUACGGGGCACUAAUAAUGCUGGUACGCCGAUUCAGGGCACUAAUGAAGAACCUCGAUCUGAUGAGGGUUCGGGAAGAGAAUGGAGAAACGAACGAGUUAAUGCAUCCAAAAGUGAAAGUAGAAAGAGAAAGCGUGAGAAGGAGAGCGGUAGCGAGUCAGAAGAAUCAAGUUCAGAUGACACCAGUAGUUCAAAUGAUUCCGAGUCAGAUUCAGAUUCAGAUAUAUUCAAUCCUUCACAUGUUUUGAAGAUGAAGGGAGGUGAGAAAUUACCAAAGAAAAUAACGAAAUACAUUGAGAAGUAUGCUAACAAUGGCAUUACUAAAGCUACUCGACAAGAAAUAACAAAGAACUGUAAAACACCAAACACAAAGAGAUUAAAAUCAAAAGAAACUGACAGAUUCAUUAAAAAACUUUCUAGGAAAAGAUUCAAUCAGGCCAUGUCCAACAAAAAAGAGAAAAUUAUAAUAAAUACACAAAAUCGCAUUCUUGAUGCUACUGGUCCAUUAGCCAUACUUUGGCAUGAAGCUGAAAAGAGAGCAUUAGUGUUGAUUGGAAACGCUCAUUAUGUUUAUCUCACCGAUAGACGCAAGACUUUAUUAAGCAAACUUGUACCAGAGUGUGUUGACCUAAUUGAGGACAGUUCUGGAAGGAAAGCAUUAAGAAAUUCAAAAGAUAAACUGUUUGGAAACACAUUUAGGAAGCUGUUAGCUAAAGACAGUAAAGAUAAUAGAGAGAUUUCAGAUCUUCUUCCACAAAGAAAACGGUUCAAGUCUGACAAUAAGAACUCUUAUUUCUAUGAUAACAAUAACGAGAGAAGGAAUUCUUUCAGAAAUGGUGCAGGUCGACCCCAGCAGUUUUUUCGGACAGGGCCCUCAAACAACAGAUACCAGUUUGGGGGCCACAAUUACAGAGGACAACAGAGCCAGAGAGGCAGAGGUUCAGCAAAGUUUCCUCUUUCCAGAAAGACAGAAAAUCAGUAG